UAAAAGUCGGCAUAUACUGGAAUUAAUUAUUAAUAUUUAAGAUGAAGCUUUUAAAUGUGCUCUUGAGAGAAAUACUCUUGUUCCUCGAGUUCAGAGAUAUUCAUAGGUCUCAACUACAUCUAGUCAAUAAACAGUUCUUCCAUAUCAUUGUAGAAGAUAAUGAGCUCGUUAGAAGAAUACUGCCUCUCCACCUUCAACUAAUCUUUGAUUAUGAGCAAGAAAGAGAACAUCAAAUAGAAAUCAUCCAGGCGGAUGAGGACUCCCAAGAUAGUGACUCUGAAAGGUAACCACCGUCAUAUUUAGCAUCCAGCAUAUUGACGAAUUAAAAGAAAUAAAAUUAUAUGAAGGAACAGAAGUGUCAUUUAUCUCAACCUUGACCAAACUACAUAGAGAAUCUAGGAGACUUUAUUGUGUUGCCCAACGUUCUA